AUGAGUUCCUGGCGCGCACACUUCGGCUUUAACAAGUACCUCAGCAUCACUUCUCGGGCUACUCAAAAAGCUCUCAAGGAAGAACACAAGUUGAAACUUGCAGGGAGGUCUGACACGAACUUGCGAUACCAAAACUGGGAAGCGGGCAAAGCCGGAGAACAGACCUGGGUCAAAGCGCAAGAAGAGCACGAUGCGAAGACGCACUGA